CAGCGUUGGCGGGACCUACCUCAGGGCACGAUUACUCUCGCCUUGUCCGAGAAACAUACUUAAGGACUUACCCAGGCAGCAUGGCAAUCAUCAUCUACUUCCUGCCUGCUAUCCAUCCCAACUUCAAAUCCAUCCACCAGCACCCAUUGUUGUAGUCAUCGAUACUAUUUUCCAAUGACUUUUGAUCUCGCAAAUAUCUAUGUACCUGAUCUGACAGGAAGGGUCGUGACGACUGGCAAUCACGCAAUCGGCAGGGGAAACUUCGCAGACGUGUGGAAGGGAAUCUACACCCUGCCAGAUGGUAGAGUCACUACAGUAGCGGUGAAGAUCUUGAGACCAGCGCUGUUGUCAGACAGGCGUCUUGCGACGAAAACCAUACGGAAAAUUUUGCGAGAGGCUAAAGUUUGGAGCACACUGAAUCAUCCCAACGUGGCUCGAUUCAUCGGUGUGUGUUAUCAACAAGAAUCAGGAGGGUAUUGUAUCCCCCUCCUGGUAUCGGUGUUUUAUGAGAGAAGAACACUGAAAGAUAAUCUGGGAUAUAUCCAGAACGACCACCAGAGAUUGAGACUGGUAUGUAUCUAUUUCAUUCGUAGUCGUGCAUAUUCAAUGAUGCAUGGACAGCUUCGCCAAUUUUUUUCUGGAUUAGCAUAUUUGCACCACAAAAAUGUGAUCCAUGGAGACCUCAAACCCACAAACGUUCUCCUUGACGACUCUUUUAAUGCAGUUUUGACGGAUUUCGGCCUUUCCCGUGUCCUCGAAGCUUCUGGUUUUACAACGACGAAUAUAAAAGCGGCUGGCACGUUUCGUUACAUGGCGCGCGAGUUGAUGAAUCCCACGUACCAUUCGACGACAGCACCGCUACCCACCGUGCAAUCAGAUGUCUGGUCGGCAGGCAUGACGGGUCUAGAGAUUUUAUCUGGCAUUGUGCCGUACGCCGAUAAGACGGGGGAUGGCGAGCUAAUCUAUUGUAUCUGUCAAAGGGGAAUACCCAACAGGCAUCUUUACCCUCGAGUACAUAGUGAGACAUGGUCAAUGCUGAAGGCCUGCUGGGAAGAUGAGGGGAGGCGACCGGCUGUGUCCGAUUUGAUAAGGUACUUGGAUGGCCUCUAUCCAGGCUUGCAGUAAGCCAGACGAUGAAGCUGUCAUAUGUGUAGAUAUAGAACGUACAUAGGUUAUAUAUAACACGGACUUAGACGAGCAAUACUAUAGUUUCGGUUUUACGUCAAUAGUGAAUCCGUCGUCUUCUAAGAUCGACUUUGCCAAUUGACCAACUAAAGGAAAUAAUUGUGGGUAAAUGAAAGCUUUUUCCGAGCUUGCCUGCCGCCGCGCAUAUCUGGCAGCAAUACCUUGCACGAUUAUGGCAAGCUUAAAA